UCAUUUUACGUCAGAAAUCGGAAUUGUCAUUAACUUGAAUUAGUUUCAUAUUCAUAGUAAGAACUUUACCAGUGUUGGUAUUAAGUGAAAAACAAUAAUAUUAAUAAGUUUAAUGUUCGUUUGAUAUUUAAUUAUUUGCAGAAAAAUAUAUUAGUAAUGGCAACUGACAAACAUUCUGGUAGUAUUUCUAAAAAAGAUAAAUCAGGAAGACGAAAAUCCAAAACAAACAGAAUAUGUAAAGAUGUGAUGAUAAAUUUAUUAAAGAAACUAUUUUUUUUAUUCCGUUAUUACUUAGACCAGUUUAUUGACUUCCUAUUCUCUUUAUACUGGGAUGGUAAACGGCAUGCACUUCCUGACUUGGAGAAGAAACAUGCCAUUCUUAUGGAAAGUGCAGUAACAUUGGCAGAGAAAAUAAGGAAAAAUGAAUUAAAGUCGGAGGAUCUCGUGACUGCAUGUAUUGAAAGGAUUAAGCAGGUAAAUCCGAUACUUAAUGCGGUCACCGAUGAGAGAUACGAGGAAGCGCUUAAAGAAGCUCGGCAAGUUGACAAGAUGAUUGAAAAUGGAUUGUCCGAAGAGGAAUUUAAGAAGAAACCGUUUCUAGGGGUUCCUUUUACUGCGAAGGAGAGUCACGCGGUUAAAGGCAUGUUGCACACUCUCGGGGUACGGGCGCGUAAGUCCGCCCGCGCGGACGAGGACGCGGAAUGCGUGCGUCUCGUACGCGCCGCCGGCGCUAUACCCGUCGCUGUCACCAAUGUACCUGAGAUUAACAAAUGGCAAGAGACACGCAACAUGGUGUUCGGGCAGACCAACAAUCCCUACAACACGGGGCACACUACUGGGGGCUCCAGUGGAGGGGAGGCGGCCCUCGCUGCCGCAAUCGCUAGUCCCAUAUCGUUGUGUUCCGAUAUUGGUGGUUCAACUCGGAUGCCGGCGUUCUUCUGCGGCUUAUUCGGUCUCAACCCCACGGCGGGGCAUACGAGUUUAAAAGGUUCUGGACUGCGCUCCGGCGCAGAACCCACCAUGGCAUCCGUGGGCUUCGUCAGCAAACACUGCUCCGACCUGGCGCCGCUCACUGCGAUCGUCGCUGAUCAACAAGCGCAUCUGCUGCAGCUCGACAGGGAGGUGCAUCUGAAGGAUAUUCAAAUCUACUACAUGGAAACUAUUAAAGAUCUCCGCGUGAGUCCAAUAUGCUCGGAUUUGAGGAAGGCUAUGAAUAAAGUGGUGUCGAACCUGUCCGCGCAGGCCACGUCGACAGCGAGUGCGCCGAAGCCCUACUACCACGAGGGCUUCGACCACUGCUUCUCGCUGUGGAGGCACGCCAUGUCGCGCGAGGCGGAGAGCUUCGCCAAGCUGCUGACGGACAACGCGGGGGAGGCCGUCGGGCUCCUGGAGCUGGGGAAGAAGCUCAUCGGUCAGUCCGACUACACGGUGGCUGCGAUACUCAAGCUGCUGGACGACCAGCUGAUGCCGCCCGUGCCUGCUGCCUGGGCGGACGAGCUCACGGAGAGCCUGCGAGAGGAUCUCAUUCGCGUGCUGUGCGGCGGCGGCGUGCUGCUGGCGCCGGCCGCGCCCGCCCCCGCGCCCCCGCACGCUGCGCUGCUGCUUCGCCCGUACAACUUCGCGAUCUGGGGUGUCUUCAACGUGCUAAAGUUUCCCGCUGUUCAGGUUCCUCUGGGGCUGAACUCCGAAGGCCUUCCUCUCGGUAUCCAGGUGGUUGCAGCGCCGCGUCAGGAAGCUCUCUGCUUAGCUGUCGCCAAACAUCUGGAAAAGCAAUUCGGAGGAUUCGUUCCUCCUUGUAAAGUCCCUCAAAAGGACUCAUAAACAGUUAAAAAUUGUCUGAAGAAAAUUUAUCGAAAGCUAUAUAAUAUAGUGUAAAUUUCAAAUGUCUGUUAUGUUUGAAGAUCUUUGAAUUAAUGACUCGAAAAGAUAGACUGAUCAUAAAUUCGCUUUCCGAUGAACUUAUUUAUACAAAAAAAGUAUUAUUUACCGUAGGUGAUGGUUGUUUGUA